AUGGAGUUCCGUCCCCCGGUUGGACUACUCAUCCCUGGAUGUGGGUUAGUACCUGGAAAUCCUGCGUACCAGCCAAACAAUCCCCCGGUUGGAUUGUUUUCCCCGGCAGUAGUUGCUCUUGGAAGCGUUCGAGCAGAGUACGAGCUCAAAUUGUUCCAUCCGUAG